CCGGGGUAUACCACCGGCUUGACCGGCUUUGUCCUGUCCGGGGUGAGCGGGACGAAUCGGGUAGAAGUGUGCAGACGCAUUUACUCCUGAGUGGAGGCAGACGCACGUUGGAAGCUGAGAACUUCAGUCGCUCGUUGAGAACUGGUCGGUUUGUUUACCCGCGGAUCCGCUAAUCCGGCUAAUCCGCUAAUCAGCCUGAUCAGCCACACUCGCCGUUCGCUGGCUGUCGUUUUGCAAUCGCGACACUGUCAAUACCGUCAUCCGCACGAGGAUUUAUCUGUGAAUUUUACUGUACGGGUCGGGAUUUUAAUCUCGCACAACGAGGAAUCUCGUAGGAGGGACGCCGGCGUGCCGCGAUCGAAAAUGGUGAAAAUAGCGUUGCGGAUCAGGUGCAGGCUCGACAACGUCGAGGAGCUGAGGCCGUGCGGGCCCGAGUUCCGGUGGUGUCUCAAGUUCAUCUGUGGCAACUGCGGCGAGAAGUCGGAAAAGUGGAACUACAUAUCCCUGGACGAGUCGACGCCGAUGCAGCGGGGCAGCGGGGUCAAUCACUUCGUGAGCAAGUGCAAGAUGUGCAUGCGGGAGAACACCGUGACGAUAAUCGAGGACUCGAUCGGGUCUUUCACCGCGGACGACCAGGGACAGUUCAAGACGAUCGUCGUGCUCGACUGUCGGGGUAUAGAACCCCACGACUUCUCCGCGAGAGACGGAUGGAUAGCCAAGGUCGCGGACGGCGGCACGGAGUUCGCCGACGUGGAUCUGAGCGAGGGCGAGUGGGAGGACUACUGCGACAAGAUCAUGGAACCCGUUGGGAUAUACGAGAUCCAGCACAGGUUCGAGAGAAUAAAGUGAAAUCGUACCUUGCACACCUACCAGAGGCACGCGUUUUGAUUAUCCUACCGGUUGAUACGAGAUGAGGCGGCGUGUACGUCUGUUGUGUGUAAAUACUAUGUAAAGAUAUGCAUCGCAGUCCUCAUGCCUCUUUCACUUCUCUCGCGCACAGAUUGUUAAUAUAUAUCAUACAAUUAUGGCUGCGGUCCAUUUGAUGUUACAAGUGCUUCGAAGCGUACUUUCCUUCUUCUUUUUUCAUUGAAAGAAAGGAGAAGAAGAAUGCUUCGAAGCAUUUGUAGCAUCAAAUGGACCGCAGCCUAUAAUAUAUUAUAAUAUCGUUAGAUUUCUCAUUGAAUUGAGAAGAUAAAUACCGUUCACUUUCUGCCUAUAUAGAACUCGCAUCUGUGACUUCUAUUACACGAUGGCCUCUGGUUUUUUUCGUUUGCGUCUGUAAUCAAUGAAUAAGUACGUCAGAAAGAUGCAUUUAACUCGAAUUUCAUUGAUCGUAUGAUGGAUGAUAAUUCUGUUGAUCUUGUGUGAACAAUUAUUUUGAUUGUAUCUGAAGUUUAAGACAAUAUCGUUGCACAUACACUUGUUUGAUACGAGUUAUUCAUGUUUGCGUGAAUAAGCACAGCUUGCGAUAAGAUAAGAAUUAUCGCUUUGUAAUAAACAUAUAGUCUUUUCAUAA